AUGCCUCUCAGCAUUGAUAAACCAUUAUGGGAAUUACAUGUACUGAAGGAUCAAAACUGUCUAGUAUUGAGAGUUAAUCAUUCUUUAGUUGAUGGGGUAUCUAUAAUGUCUUUGAUCUUAACCAUGUGUAGGAAAGUUGACCAGCCUGAUGAAUUACCUAGCAUCCCUAAACACAACCCCAAAAGUAGUAGGAUCAAUAUGUGUGAAAUGAUAUGGAGAUUUGUAAUGAAGAUAUGGUUAACUAUUGUUUAUUUAAUGGGUUUCUCACUUAGAUGUUUGUUUAUGAAAGAUGCUAAAAGCAAGAUUAGUGGUGGACAUGGUGUUGAACUAUGGCCCAGGAGGCUUGCUACUGCUACGUUCAAGUUAGACGACAUGAAAUCUGUCAAGAAUGCCGUCCUUAACGCUACAAUCAAUGACGUUCUUAUCGGAGUUGUUACAUCUGGAUUAUCACGAUACUUGGAUUACCAUCGAACCCCGAACUCAACACCCAAACAGGGACUUCAAAUCUCGGGAAUGGCAAUGGUUAACCUUAGAGAACCGCGUGGUUUGCAGGAUAUGGAAAAUUUGGUGAAGAGCAGUUCGGUGACAAGUUGGUGGGGUAACAUAUUCGGAUACAUUUUACUCCCAAUUUAUCCCCAUAAAAGUGUUGGUAACAAUCCGCUUCGAUAUGUCAUGAACGCCAAAGAAAUACUUGACAAGAAGAAACUAUCGUAUGAAGCUCAUUUAACUUACGCAAUUACUAAAUCAGCAAUGUCACUUUUGGGUCCCAAGGUCACGUAUUUGCUCACCAACAGGGUUGUUUGCAAUACAAGUUUUACGAUAACCAAUGUCGGUGGUCCGCAAGAAGAGGUUAUGUUUGGAGGAAAUCCAGUAACUUCACUACGAGCAACUUCCUCAAGUUUACCCCAUGCACUCACAAUGCAUAUGAUAAGUUACGCUGGAAAAGCAGAAAUGCAAAUUCUUGUGGCUAAAGACAUUAUACCAGACCCUCAGUUCCUCACUAAGUGUUUUGAAGAUGCAUUGCUUGAAAUGAAGGAGGCUUCUACUGCUUCUGUUAAGACAUGA